AUGGCCAAAUACUUAGCCAUCACUAUAGCGUUGGUGGCAAUAAUGUCGGAUGUGGUACCAGUGCUGUCAAUGCCCGGCGCAGCCCAUAGUAAACUAUAUAAACAUGUGAUCCGAUCUCGUUCAACACCAAGACGCUAUUGUGGCAGAAAUUUAGUUAACAUGCUCAGCCUAUUGUGCGAUGGUAUCUCAGAGUUAUGGGCGGACUUAAAUGGCGCGACCGACAGUCUAGGCUCGGCUGUGGGCGACGAUCACGACUACAGCGCCGGUGAUAUAAGUCCACUAUUGAGUAACAAAUACUUUUUGGACGAGAAGACAGCGCUCGACAUGUUUAACGACGCGGCCGGCGGUCAGACGGAACGGGAGGGCGCCGUCCGUAACAACCGGUUCGCCCGCAAUCGGCGCGGCAUUGUUGACGAGUGCUGUCGGAAACCCUGUACUGUUAAGGAGCUGUACAGUUAUUGCGAAUAA